AUGGCCCCGCUGGGAGGCACCCCGCGCCUGGUGCUGCUGUUCAGCGGGAAGAGGAAAUCUGGGAAGGACUUCGUGACCGAGAGGCUGCAGAGCAGACUUGGAGGUAACAUCUGCGCUGUUCUGCGGCUCUCUGGUCCACUAAAGGAGCAGUAUGCUCUGGAGCACGGGUUGGACUUUCAGAGACUCCUGGAUGCCAGCACCUACAAGGAGGAGUAUCGGAGGGACAUGAUCUGCUGGGGGGAGGAGAAACGCCAGGCCGACCCAGGCUUCUUCUGCCGGAAGAUUGUGGAAGGCGUGUCCCAGCCUAUCUGGCUGGUGAGUGACACACGGAGGAGGUCUGACAUCCAGUGGUUUCAGGAGGCUUAUGGGGCUGUGACACAGACAGUCCGCAUAGUGGCCUCAGAGCAGAGCCGACAGCAAAGGGGCUGGGUGUUCACACCAGGCGUGGACGAUGCUGAGUCGGAAUGCGGCCUGGACCACUUUGGGAGCUUUGACUGGGUCAUCGAGAACCAUGGCAAUGAGCGGUGCCUGGAGGAUCAGCUGGAGGACUUGCUGGAAUUCAUUCAUGCCAAACUUUAGUGGUCAGGCUCUCGGUGUG